GAGCCGGCCGCAGGUGAGAUCGCGUGGCGCAGGUGUGUUCGCAGUGUGGCUGUGCACCGUCACGCGCCCAGUAGAGGGAUAACAUAUCUUUUUUCUUACGCGCGUAAGUGGGAGAAAGGAGGCGAGAGCGGAGCAGCCCGAGGGAGCGAGAGACCGGAGAAAAAAAUUCCGAGAAAAGGCGAGCGAAGAGUGGGUGGUGAGAGAGCGACCUCGUCGCGCCGUUAACAUUCGCACCCACGCAUACAGACGCAGCGCAGCCGAAGCGGAGUGCUCUCGGGGCGAGGGACCUUGCGCGAGCCACCCCGAGGAGUUACUCGAACCUUGGUGGCGCACCAGAUACCAGCGGGCGAGCGAGCGAGCAGGUGAUUCUCGCGAGGGUGACGAUACAUCGCCGGGGUUCGCGUUCGCGAGAAGGAACCAGGGAUUCUUCGCGGUGAAGAGGAGCCCCCCUCUGUAGCAAGAAGAAGUGAGGAGAGAGAGAGAGAGAGAGAGAGAGAGAGAGAGGAAGAGGAUACCCCCGAAUUCGAACUCGUCGUCGCGACAGAAAGAAGAGGAGAAAGGAGCGUGUCCGCCUGCCUGACUCGAGAACAUCGCACGUCCGCAUCCGCGAAGCGAGGAUGGUACGGAGAUUCUGCAACGGCGCGGUUGCACUUGGCAUCGCCCUGACGGCCUGCGCCGCCUUUCCGCGCGCCGUCAUGGCGAUCGACCUCAGCCGCUUCUACGGUCACAUCAACACGAAACGUUCGGAGGCUUGCCAUCCGUACGAACCGUUCAAGUGCCCGGGCGACGGUAUUUGCAUCUCGAUACAGUAUCUCUGCGACGGGGCACCCGACUGUCAGGACGGAUACGACGAGGACUCAAGAUUGUGUACCGCAGCCAAACGACCGCCCGUAGAGGAAACCGCGAGUUUUUUGCAGUCUCUGCUAGCCAGCCACGGUCCCAAUUAUCUGGAGAAGCUAUUCGGAACCAAGGCACGUGAUACGCUGAAACCUCUCGGCGGUGUGGAAAAAGUGGCCAUCGCGCUGUCCGAGUCACAGACGAUCGAGGACUUCGGCGCGGCGCUGCACCUGAUGCGCUCGGAUCUCGAGCACCUGCGCUCGGUCUUCAUGGCGGUGGAGAACGGCGACCUGGGCAUGCUGAAGUCCAUCGGUAUCAAGGACUCCGAGCUGGGCGACGUCAAGUUCUUCCUCGAGAAACUCGUUAAGACGGGCUUCCUCGAUUGAACGGUCACUCUCGCCGCCGAACCGCCGCCGCCGCCGCCGCCGCCGUCGACGUCGUCGUCGUUGUC